AUGAAGACCCUUGACAAAUCGGACAAGGACCUUCUCCUUGAUCGAUUCUUUCGUGAGUGUGAGGUAGUUAAGGCACUCAACAAGAAAGGUAUAAUAAGGAAUGAACCACUUAACCCAUCAAGUACAACUUCCCCAAUCCGCCAGACCGACCUCAUCGAAACCGGGCACACCUCUAAGCCUUCUUCUCACGAAGAAGAAACUGCUGAGCCGGAUGAAUCAGCUCAGCAUAACAACGAACUCCCAGAUAUUGAUCAAACUGGACAAGAGACUCCAAGUGUCGAGAAUAAUGAAGAGGAUGAGGAGAUCGCAGCUAGAUUACGGGCAUCAAAAAAAACUCGUCAAGUUUUGUCAAAAUCACCUAUCACAAAAUCCACCAAAGAGAUUAUUCCUCAUCAGCAAGCAACUCGUAGUGAGAGUAACAAAGAUCCGAUCCGAUUGAUACAACGAAAUCAGUCAAACAUCUACUCCUUCAACUCACUUACUAAUUAG